AUGGGAAAGACAUUUAAAAAUAUCCACGCUUGUGCCAUUGGCAGGUUCCCUGUCAACGGGGAUAAGAUCCCACAGUGGAUACGAGCCCAUGGAGGGACCUUCUCGAAGGACGUCACCGAGGAUGUUACGCACUUGAUUACCACGAAAGACACCUUCGAAAAGAAUGUCGAAGCAGCAGAGACUACGCAUUUUACUAAGGUUGCCGAUGGAACAGUUCAAAAAGCCAAGCUUCUGGAAACAGUCAAGAUUGUGACCUACGACUGGCUCGAGGACUCUUUACAGUCCAAAACCCGUAAGCCGCAGCCCGAGGGAGCCUAUCUUUUGGCGAAUGUCUCGAACAAAGAGAAAAAGAAACAGAGACGAGCCGCAAAGGUCCAGACGAGGCAGUUGAAGGCCAAGGACAAGUCAUCGGACUCCAAAUGUCAAGCGAACUAUCACAUCUAUGUUGACAUGAGCACCGGGGAAACGUACAGUGCUACUAUUUACCGCCAUCUAUCUCGGAACAAUACACGCGAGAAAUUCCAGAUCAAGGUCCACGAGUCAAACGACGUUCCUCACACGUACGCGACGCAAGCCAAGUACAGCUGCACCGGAAAGUCCACUGACGAGAUUCUCGCGCCUCCCGGCAGUGACCAGAACACUGCGAUAGCAGCAUUCAGAGACUUUUUCGCGGCCAAGACGGGGAAGGACUGGGAGCUUCGACUGGAUGGGAUCCUAUUGCCUCCAAAGCAGGACGCUGAUGGAAAGGAACUUCCACCCCACGAGGGCUGGUUCUACUAUGAAACUGGCAGAUCUCUUCUUUCGGACUUUCUUCGCCAGGUUGAGACUCGAAGUUCUGCAGCGGGCCGGGGUGCUGAGCAAAUCGCUAUCGGCUCGAACAACAAUGACCGUGGUCCUUUGACGCCGCCGGAUAAAGACGAAUCUGUCAAAGAUCAAACCUAA